GGAAUGCAAAAUCAGAAUUGUAUACGCAAGAAAGCAUAUUCUUCUCACUUGUGCCAUGAAAAACUGAUAAUCAAAUGAAUUGCUAACAAGAAAGAAUAACAAUACAAACAAAAAUAAUUGAUCGCUUAACAGGGACUAUGACGAAAUCUAUUCCGCUCUCCUCAUUUGCAGUGCUAGCAUUGGCCAAAUUGGCCGACGCGUAUGACAGUGGUUGGCAUCACCGUCAAACCACCACCAAUUGCUCAACUAUCAUGGAAAUCAUUUGUGACGUUGACAACAAUCUUUCGACAGACACAUUCUGCGAAGCCGUUGAGAUGGCUGGACUUGACUUGGAUACCGAAACAUGGACCGUCUUCGCACCGGUCAAUGACGCCUUUCAUUUACUCCCCGAUACCAUUGUGGAAGACAUGCUCGAUGGCGAUGAUCCAAGGGGCUUGAUUGAUCUCCUAGCUUACCACACUGCCGAGGAAAAGAAGAUCAUGAGCACCGAUUUGAAAUGCGACACACGAAUUUUCAUGAGCAACGAAGAAUUUACUGUCACAAUCUGCGAAGGUGAUAAAACCUUUCAGGUGGGUCUAGCAAAUCCCACAUCAGACUAUCCACAAAUUAUCACCGCUGAUAUUGAGGCAUGCAAUGGAGUGAUUCAUACUCUAAGCGAAAUCAUGCUGUAAGUUCUUUCAUAUGUGUCACCGUCAAGUGCGUAGCCUAUAGGGAAACGAUCUCGACAGAAGUAGCAAAAGUUGCCGAUCGUCUCACUACAGAUUUCUACAUGAUUUUUUAUUCAUUUAAAUUCCAGAUACAAGGAGUAUGAUGUUUCCAACAGUACUUUUGUUCAGGCGGCAGUAGACUUCACUUCCGGCCCUUCGAGUUCCCCAUCCGACGGGCCCUCUAUGGAACCAUCUGUUAGACCUUCGAGCUCCCCUUCUGAUGGACCUUCUAUGGAACCAUCUGUUAGCCCUUCGAGCUCCCCUUCUGACGGACCUUCUAUGGAACCAUCUGUUAGCCCUUCAAGCUCCCCUUCUGAUGGACCUUCUAUGGAACCAUCUGUUAGCCCUUCGAGCUCUCCGUCCGACGGACCCUCUAUGGAACCAUCUGUUAGCCCUUCGAGCUUUCCAUCCGACGGACCCUCUAUGGAACCAUCUGUCAGCCCUUCGAGCUCUCCAUCCGACGGACCCUCUAUGGAACCAUCUGUCAGCCCUUCGAGCUCUCCAUCCGACGGACCCUCUAUGGAACCAUCUGUCAGCCCUUCGAGCUCUCCAUCCGACGGGCCCUCUAUGGAACCAUCUGUUAGCCCUUCGAGCCCCCCGUCCGACGGACCCUCUGAACCAUCUAUUGUACCAACGCCCUCCCCAUCGCGUAGCCCGUCAGAUGGACCGUCGCUUGCACCUUCGGUCAGUCCUUCGGUUUAUCCAUCGGACGGACCAUCGCUUGCACCUUCGGUCAGUCCUUCGGUUUAUCCAUCGGAUGGACCAUCUCUCGCACCUUCUUCCAAGCCUCCCAUGGCAUCCGUCGAGGCAGGGUUAGAAUCAGACGAGCCAGCACCAGCAGAGACAGCAGAGCCACCACGAAAAUCGCCAGAUGAACCAGAACCAUGCACGAUUACGGAGAUCGUUUGUGACUCGGACAGUUUCACCCAUCUCUGUGCCGCCUUCAGUGCUACGGGCGGACUCGAUAAGUUUUUCGGCAAACCCAGUGGAAACAUCACUCUCUUUGCUCCCACCGAUGAAGCCUUCGAGAAGCUUGGGCCCGUUGCACUAGACUAUUUGAUGGAGGAAUCAAACAAGGAUCUCUUGACAAACAUCUUGAUGUUCCACACGAUCGGCGAUCAGAUUUUGUACAGCUUCGACUUGGAAUGCAAGGAAGUGAUUCAAAUGGACAACGGUCGAGAUUCCCGCACUGUUUGCAAAGACAGAAAUAUCUACCAGAAGGGAUCUGGGAACAGCCGUUCUGACUUGCCCCAAAUCAUCGAGAGCGACAUUGAGACCUGCAAUGGUUUGAUUCAUGUCGUCGAUGAAGUGAUUCUCUACAAGACGCCAACCAAGCUUGGGAUCCCUCCCAGAGAUGCGACAUUCCCUCCAACAGCAUCUCCUCCUCUGUCAACACUGGCGCCAAUCGCGGCACCUACCGACGCUCCGGUUGCCGAGAUCGAUGUCGUUUCACCAACCCCCGCUCCAGUUGUGCCACCAACAUCUGCUCCGGUUGUUGAAGCAGAGACCAUUGAACCUGAAGAGUGCAAAAGCAUUGGUAAGAUUUCCAUUGAUGUACUACUAACCUUACAAAUAUGCAACCAUCAUGUCCAAAUCUUAUUUCUUUCAACUCUCUUUAUUUCUCAAUCUCAAUCCUUUCACAUCAGACGAACUUGUAUGCAGCUUACCCGAUUUGUGAGUACAAAUAGAGCAAUGAAAAGCUGAUGGCAUUUGCGUGAAAUAUUAAUUUGGGCAUUUCACAACCUCACACAUCGUCUGUAAUUUCCCUGAUUUUUUUUCAUUUUAUUCAUUGCAGCUCCAUUCUAUGCGAUGCUCUCGCAAGAACCGGUGUUGAGAGCAGCCUCAAGUCCGGAGAAUGGACUGUGUUCGCUCCCAACAACGAGGCGUUUUUGAAAUUACCUACAAGCGAUGUUGAAAAACUCGCGUACAACGAGAUUUCUCUGACUCAGUUGCUAGUCUUCCAUGUGGUUGCAGGGAAGACGUUGUACAAGGACGAUCUCCCCUGCGAGGCUGGGUACAAUCUGAUUGAGAUGGCCAGCGGGAAAGAUAGCCGAACGCUGUGCGUUGACGGCAUCCCGACGUACCAGAAGGGAAAGUACAAUCCGGACAGCGACAUACCCGAAUUUGUCAAUUUUGACAUGAAAGCCUGCAACGGGGUUGUUCACGAGUUGGACAAAGUGAUGCUCUUCCGUCCGAUUUCAGAGCUUUAGGGACUUCAAAGCAAACAAAUAGCUCUGAAUGCAAGAGCACAAUUAUGUGUUCAAUGUCCUUCUCUCUUUUUCCGACGUGCAAUAUUCCUCCUCUCCCUUUCCACCAAAUCCUUCCACGAAUUUCGACGAUAAACUAUUUAUUUUGUUGUCACUGCACUCCAUAACAUUGAAACGAUACCAUUAAAUUGUGUAACCUUCGCGUUAAGUUGCUAAAUGGUCUAUGUUGCCGCCACCGGUUUCGAUUGAGCAUUGCAGCAGCUAGCGCGAGGCAAAAGUAAUUCUUAUAAUUUAUAUCAUU